CACAAUUUGGUCGAGCAAAGUCACGUUCAAUCAUACGAUUCACUGUCCUUCAGACGUUCCACAUCUUCUUUAAUAUUUUUACGACCCUAGUCACGAUCUUCCCGCCAACCAGCAAGUUACCUAAACGUAGUCUUGCACGGUGUUGACGGCGGCAUGGCAGCGAACAAGCAAGCAUUGUGGCAAGAUGGAUACGAUGAAGCGGUAGAGGUCAACCAGCGGGCUCUGAUCGACAAGGUGUUAGCGAGAUACUCGGGCGAAUUCACGGUCUUCAGGGAACUCCUUCAGAACUCGGACGAUGCCCAGUCCAACGCUGUCGAAAUACACUUCGAGACGGAUGCAUACCUUAAGCGGAAGGAAGGGAGGGAUGCCCUUGGCCCUACGGACGACGCGUUCCCAGACCUCAAGAAGACCCAGGUGUCGCAAUGGACAUUCAAGAACAAUGGUAUCAUAUUUAGAGACGAGGACUGGAGUCGGCUGCGGAAGAUAGCCGAGGGUAACCCGGACGAGGAGAAGAUCGGCGCGUUUGGUGUCGGCUUCUACAGUCUAUUCUCGGUCACGGAGGAACCCUUUGUCACGUCAGGAGGGCACGGAAUGCAGUUCCACUGGAAGAAAGAUAACAAGGAUCAGCUUCAAGUUAGACGUGGCAACCUCCCACCAACCGAUACCCCAGACCCCUGGACCACAUUCGAGAUGACCUUACGCGAACCCGGCACGAUACCACCAGCAUUCGACUUCACUCGUUUCCUCGCGUCUUCCAUCACAUUUAUGACCCACCUCUGCGAAGUCAGCCUCUUCCUUGACGAACACCGCCUCGUACGCCUCACGAAGUCGUCUGGCGUCAUGAAUGAUGCCACGCUGUUGAAAGGCAUCAAGGGCACAAGCGGGACGGGGAUGAUGGCAGUCCGAGGGAUUCGUUCAGCUCCUAUACGAAUCAAAGCAGAGGUCAUGCACGCCGUCUACUCCGUCGGCACCGAGAAGCCCCCACCCCUCCCCGCCGAAAAGCCUGUCAGACAAGCCCAAAGCGGCUUCUUCUCAUCCCUUUUUUCGAGCUUCACCGGAGGGAGCUCCACGCCGCAGCGCGUGGCUACCCCCUUACCGCCUCCCGCACCCGAAGACCCGCCGAUCAAGGUGCACGAAUCAAGCGUGACGCUGACGAUCUUCACCGCGGACGUCUCUGUGAGUGUCGACAAGAAGAUGGAAGCGGAACUGCAUCGGUCGACGAAGAAGAACCCACCGAGGCAACUGAAGUAUAGCUUGAUAUAUACAGGAAAGGACGAGUACGAUAACAGCGUAGAGGAAGAGAAGAAGCAGCCCAAAUCGAGUGGAAGCGUCUUCCAAGGUCUAAGAGCGGAUCUAAACGGCUCGGGCCAAGCUCGUGUGUUUAUCGGUCACGCGACGGGUCAAACCACCGGCAUCGGUGGGCAUAUGGCGUCUCGAUUCAUCCCAACCGUAGAACGAGAAUCAAUAGAUCUGGUAGAUCGCAACGUUGCAGUUUGGAAUCGUGAGCUACUCUAUGUUGGAGGUUUCCUCUGCCGGACGGCGUAUGAGCUCGAGUUGAGCAAUAUCAAGACUUUAUGGGACGGUGCCUCGUCAGCUGCGACUGACUUCCAGCCUGAUGCAGAACUAAAGAAGUGGUUGACCGCGCGGUUCAUCCACGUCCUCAAGUUCUUCUCGUUUCAUGUUUCUACACCAUCAUCAGACGUCUCUCGCCUACUUGAGGCCGCAUUCUUCGCAUGUUCGACGUCGCAUCCGUUCCACGUGCUCUCAACUGCGGGUGUACGCAGUGCUACCGCUGUCCGCGAGCCAGAUGCAAGCUUCGCUGUGUUCCUGAAGCGCCUACCUGUCCUCCCCGAGGAGGUGCUGAAGGACGCAAGCCGCAUGGUCGCGUCGAUGCGUGCCAGGGGUAUGAUCAAGAGCAUCAACUUUGAGGACGUGCUCGCUGAACUACGGCAACGCCCAUUGACUGAGACUGAGCUGAUUGCGUGUCUCCGAUGGUGGUCCGACGACGUCCUCCAGAACUCAACCCAGUCCCACCUAUCCUACAUUCGCCGCGAACUUCUCGAAGCCACCCUCGUCACCUUCCCGCAGAAAGACGCCUCCAAGUCCGACAAGAUACUUCCCCUCUCGAGCGUGCAGUUCUUCGUCAACCCGCGGAGCAUCAACAGCGUGCUCAAGGACCUCGACGGCCCGUUCCCGGACACACUUAUGCCCACGAGCACCACGCAGCACUUCACCGCCGAACAGCUCGCCUCGCUCUCGUGGCGUGAGCUAAGUGUCGCCGACUGGGUGGCGCACAUCUCCCGGCCCGAAGUUAUGGCUGCGGACUCGGCGUACGAUCUUCGCAUAUCUGCUCACUGGUCCGAGAAGGUGCUCAGCAUGCUCACGCGUACGUGGCCUUCCCUGUCGGCCGGCGCGAAGGAGAGCAUAUGCGCGGCGCUGAAGGACAAGACGUGUGUGCCGACAUCAAGUGGGAUGAAGCUGCCCGAGGAGUCGUAUUUUGCGAGCGCGAACAUUUUCAAGGAUCUGCCUGUUGUUACGUUCCCUUCUGGGUUUGUGAUCAAGGGUCCGAUGGAGAAGGUGUUGCUAGCGCUGGGGGUGCGCAAGCAUGUUGAUCUCCAGGUCGUUUUCAACAGAAUGAUCAAGACUGGCGACUGGUCCACCGCCGACCUCGUCACAUACCUCGUGUCCGUGCAAGCCAACCUCAGUCCUGAUGAGAACAUGCGCCUUCAGUCGACAUCCGUGUUUUUCCGCGAAGGAUCGACGUCUCAGGAUGGCAGCGGCAGACGCUCGCGGUACAAGGCCGCUGACCUGUAUGAGCCAAAUCCCACAUUCCGCCAGCUCGGGCUCCCCACGCUCGACUGGGGUGAGAAGUCUAAAUGGAAGAGCGGGUCCGAAGAAGCGAGAUUUUUGUAUCGACUGGGGCUUAAGCGGGCCCCUCCGCUGGACGUGAUUAUUAACUUGUCCGCGAGCACCGACAAGAGUGUCCAGCAGCAUGCGCUCAAGUAUUUGCUUGACAAUCUCGUUACACGUUAUCCCGAGUAUCACCCGAACAAGUACGCGGAGGUCGCAUUUGUUCCGGCAAUCAACGCAUUCAAGGAAUGUCUUGGGAAGCCUAACGAAGUUUUCGUGACUGCAGCAUGGAAAGACUUGGGCUAUCUGGUGGCCCAUCCGGAUGUUCGGGACGCCGUUAGCAAGCUUGGACUGCUGGAUCAUCCCCCAACAAAUUCGUUGGUCACGUUGCUUCAGAAGACGCCUCCGAAAGACGUAGAGACGGCUCAACGAUGGUUCGACAUCCUCGCAACUCGUAUCGUCGAUUUCGCACCUGGCGAGCUGACUGCCAUGUCGAAACUUCCCAUAGUCCCUGUCUCGAUAGGCGGAGCAAUACGCCACCUGUCCCCCAGCCAGUGUUACAUCGGCAAGAGCGCGUCACAGGAGUUCCACUCCAAGCUCUUCACCUACGUUGACUUCGGCAAGGCGGCUAACGGAUUCUUGAGUGCCUGUGGCACGAAGCAGGAGCCAUCGAUAGACGAGAUAGCGCAAAUCCUCAUCUCGGAUCCUCGGAAUUUCUUCACCCUCGCGGGUGGCAAAGAGAGCUAUCUCAUCGAGCUUCGCAACGUCGCCAACAAUGCCCGCCUAUUGUCGGGGGCGACGCUUACCCGUAUGAAAUCGGCUCCCAUUCUGCUCGGCACCAAGCGGAGCGUGCGCUCUGAUAAGCGCCGGAAGUCCAACGAGGCGGAUCUGGAAGAAGACGACUGGGAGCUGCUGCACGACCUGAAGAAAGCCAGUGAUAUCGUCAUCGUCGAUGAUACACAGGCUUACCAGCUCUUCGGGGACUCGGUUUUCACAGCUCCACAAGAUGAUUUGCUUGAGAACUUCUAUAUCCAGCUAGGAUCCAAACGCUUUAGCGCCAUCGUUCAAGAAGAGUACAAGUCCACCGCGGAAAACCGGAACUCACGAAUUGCAGCGAACACACGCUCACUCAUCCUCGAGCGGCUACCCCUUUUCCUUCAUGAGCAUACCCACUCCCGGCCACGUGUCUCUCUGAACUGGUUGGCGGGCGAGCGCAACUUCAUCGUCAGGGCGUUCGAUAAGCUCGUCAUCGUCAAACAUCUACGUAUCGCUGACGUGAACAUCACUCGCCACCUGGAAGCAUCUGCUGCCGCAAAGCGCAAUGCGAGGACUCUCACCAGCCUCAGUUCCGGUUCCAUCGAGCUAUGGCUUGCGCAGAGCUCUGAGAUUGACAUGUAUGAAGUGGCAAACGCACUAUGUCGUCUCAUCUUCGAGUCUCCCAAGACAAACGACGCUCUGCUGUUCAUGACAAUCCUCUCGACUGACCUUCGGACACUGAAGAGACGUGGCUACAACGUGGACAAGAUUCUCCGUCAGCAACAGGAUGCGCGGCAACGGGCAAUUGAAGCCGCAAAUGCUAACUCCACCGUAGCACUCCUUCCCCCGCCUGAGAAACCUCUCCCUGCACCUGUCUCCGCACCACCUGUCGUUCCACCGCGACCAACAUCGCCACCACAGAAAGAAGUUAUUCCAGGGGGAUGGGAUACCAAGCGACCGAUCUCGCCACCUACAGUAGCAAACACGCCGCCACCUCCAAAUGCACCGCCUCCUUAUAGCCAGAAGGAAGAAGUGGACGACCAGCCUUCGACAAGCCGCGGUGGCAGGCCUCUGUCUCAGAUGACGAGCUCGCUGAACAAGUGGAAACAACAGCUACUCCCAUCCACACGUGACGACUCUGGCUCCGGCGCAGGCGUCUCCCCCAACCCCGCAGCACCCCCGCUGACACGCAGGCCUAAUGCACCUGUCACGCCGCAGAGUAGCAUCCGCGCCAAUGUGACGCAAGCGAUCAACGCGUGUAAGCCGGAAGGCAACAACUUGAUUCAGAAUCGGAAGCAAAUGCAGAUGAUCAAGGAGUCGCUUGACGAUGGGUACUGCGAUAUCUCGGGUCAAGUGGGCGACCUCAAGCUUGUUGGUGAGUCGCCCCUCCCUGGACAAAUGGGAACUAUGAAGGUCUACGCUACACACGAUGUUCCCAGCCCCGAGACACUCGUCACCACGAAGCGCAACUCGUUAGCUCGCUUUAUCCACGUAAUCACUGCGCUGAGCCGAGUUUACUCGCUUCCAAUUUCAUCGCUCCAUGUCUUCUGUGAUAUGGGCGGUGGCCUGAUUGCGUUCAAUCGGAACGGUAGUAUAUUCCUUAACCUACGGUACUUCGAAGCGUGGCAUGAUCAGAAAGUGGAAAGAGGAGACCUUAAUGAGGCAUAUAUAUCAUGGUAUUUCACACUUGCCCACGAGAUCGCGCAUAACCUCGUGCAGCCUCAUAACUCGGAGCACGAAUUCUAUUUCUCGGCGCUGUGCGAGGAGCAUAUCAUGGCCUUUGGCAAAUUGCUCAGUCACGGCCCUGGGACGAACUAGAGGGGCAUGUUCUAACGUCGUUUCUCGAUCAAGAUUUGUAUCAUGUUGACA